UCUCCUUAGUACCAGGAAGGAAGGGACGCCUUCAAGAUAAACUCUUGUCCUGAAUAAAACAAAAAAUGGACAUCUUGUACAAUUUAGUCCUUCUGUUUAUAGAUUGCUACAAAUUUUUGGAGUAUGGAAUUUUACGGUGUUUUCACCCCAUAACUAAGAAAUUAGGAAACAAACUCAUGGCAAAGUAUGGAGUCAAUAUUAACGGAAAAAAUUCUUGGGACAUGCAGGUUUUGGACGAAUCUGUCUACACCCGAGCUCUUAAUCGUGGAAACCUGGGACUGGGUGAAUCCUACAUGGAUGGUGAAUGGGAGUGUGAUAAUCUAGCGGAAUUUUUUAGGCGAAUUUUUGCUGGGGAGGAUAACCUCGUAAAAAUUUAUAUGCACCCAUGGAACCGUUUCUUGAAUUAUAUGGAGUGCUCACAUUUUAACCUGCAGACGAGAAAGAGGUCGUUCAACGUUGCCAAAAUUCACUAUGAUUUGGGAAACGACCUUUUCUCCGCGAUGCUCGACCCCACAAUGAACUAUUCAUGUGGCUACUGGAAAAAUGCGUCCACUUUGGAAGAAGCUCAGAUCGCUAAAAUGGAGCUCAUUGCAUCAAAAUUGAACCUCAAGCCUGGCAUGACCGUGCUCGACAUUGGGUGUGGGUGGGGCGGAAUGGCCAAGCAUUUGGCCAAAAAUUAUGGAGUUUCCGUCACAGGGCUCACAAUUUCCAAGGAGCAGGCUGCCUUUGCGACGAAAUCUUGCGCCGGGCUCUCCGUCAAGAUCGACCUCGUUGACUACAGAGACGUCAAAGGCACCUACGACCGGGUCAUAUCUGUCGGAAGUUUCGAACAUUUUGGGCGUGUCAAUUAUCGCGGAUUUUUUGAAAUUGUGCACCGAGUUUUGAAAGAUGACGGUAUAUUUUUACUUCACACGAUCGGUUAUAAUCACUGGGAAAUGCCUGGGUCAGAACCCUGGUUGACGAAGUACAUCUUUCCGGGAGGUUAUAUCCCGAACACGAAGCAGAUUGUGGGGACGACGGAGAAGCUGUUUAUAGUUGAGGACUGGCAAAAUUUCGGGCAUGAUUACUCCAAGACGUUGAAUGCUUGGAGGGAGAACUUUCUCAAGGCGUGGCCACGGCUGAGGGUUGAGAAAAAAUAUGAUGACAGGUUUUAUCGGAUGUGGAAUUUUUACCUGGAGCUGUGCAAGGGCGGAUUUCAAGCGAGGAAGGUGCAGCUUUGGCAGAUUGUGAUGAGCAAGAAUGGAAUUGCAGGUGGGUAUUAUGGGGGACGGUGAAGAUGAAAUUUUGGCUAAUUUGCCAAUACAUAAGCCAUGACUAUUUUGCAAGUGACAUAAUUUUUGCCAUUUAUUAUCUAUACUUAAUAUAUAUGUGAACAUAUUGAUUACCUUCAAUAAACUGGAGACUUGAAUUUGUA